CAUAUGAAUGUUGAGACACGCAUAUUACUAGAGACUUGAACGCAGGGUAUUUGCAAGUAUUUUCUGCUCCAGCUUAAAAAAGCAAAUCUUUAUGCUAACCUAGUCUGUGUGUGCAACUCAAAGUUGUAACCUGAGAAGCUUCCACUACUUACAAAUACCAUCAUCACCCUACUUAUGAAGAAUUCAGGGACUUGGCCAAUUAUUACUGAACACUCUUUAGCACCCUUUACCCCCUCUUCAUCAAGGAACCUCUACAUCUACAUAGCAUCUGUUAAUAGUUAAUCUGCUGUAGUAUAAAUUGGAUCUCUACAGCAAAGCAAGUACUGUAUUAAAGAGACCGGACCAGACUGAAUACUGAUAUAGGAGGGGAGGAGAAAUUGUGGAGCUACCCUAAGGAGACCUGGUUUGCUGAAGCUUCCAGACCCAAAGCUAUGUCGAUCCUAUCCUGUCCUUUCAAACUGCGCCAGCUGGAGGAAAUGCUGAGGAAGAGUCUUCCUCAGGCACUUGCGGUCCAUGGAGUAGUCAUGAGCAUAAAUCGGGGGAAUCCAAUUGGACAUGAGGUGAUUGUGGAUUCAUGGCCAGAGUUCAAAGCUGUCCUCACCCGACCACGCAAAGAGAUUGUCACAGAACCCUCCGAUGUGUAUGGCAACGUGUAUGCAGCAUUUUAUCAGGAUCUGGAUGUGUAUCGGAGGCUUCUAAAGGAUACGGAUGCUGUGAACUGGGCCCACACCUUCCGACUCCUUGGGAUUCAAGAAGGGAUACCUGAAGCUACUCAGGAUGCAGCAGUUGCCAAGCAAACACAGUUAUCUACAACUCCUUUCAGCGUCUAUGUGGUUCCUGAUCCAAAUAAAAUCUAUGCUCCUGGGCUAGAGCCCAGCUUCACACUUUCCUCCUUGAAGAGUUCCCACGUUGAUCUACUGAAUGAAAACUGGGCCUAUGGGCGCAAUGAACAAAGCCGCAGGUAUCUGGCCAAAAUGAUACAACAUUUCCCCAGUGUUGGCAUCUUGAACCAGGCAGGUCACCUUAUCAGCUGGACCAUGAUGGAUGUUUUUGGUACACAGGCAAAUGCGUACACCCUCCCAUCAUUCCGUGGAAAGCGAUUUGGGGCUAUAGUGAGUAAGGCAGUGAUAAUGAAAGCCUACAACACUGGUUAUCCUAUCUAUGGCCUUGUUGCACUAGAAAAUGUCCAUGCGCAGAACGUGCUGGAAAAGAGAGGCCAUCAGAGAUUACCUGAGCUGAGCUACAUGUGCCUUCAUUACACAACUUAGCAGAACAGAGUGAGGAGAGAGGCUGUUUUCCUUGGUCUAACCAGAUUUUUGUCACCUGCUCCUUGAACUCCAAGAGACACUUAUGCACCCCCGAUUGGAUAGCUAUUUAACCUGGCUUUCCCUCCCCUUCCUUCCCUAAGGCACCUCAUCUUUAAUUUUAGAUUGUGAGCCUGAAGGCAGGUCCACAACUACUACAAUUUGGUCUUUCAUACAAGAUGAAAUCAUUUUAAAUGCUGAGAAAGAGAGAGAGAGACUUAUGGAAAAAAACUUUCCCUUGAUCCCAAUUUGAGGCAGAAAAAUAAAAAUACCUUGAAGAGU